AUUUGAUCUGGAAGAUGUCAAGAAUGUUGGACUCUUUCAAAAAUGGUGUGUCAUUCCUGUUCUGGGUCUUAUAGAGAACUCCUUGUAUGAUAAUGUUCUGCUGCAUAACUGCUUCUGUCUCCUGCUGCAAAUCAUAAACUCCUGCUCAAAAGUUGCAGACCUACUGCUUGAUAAUGGUUUGCUCUACGUAUUGUGUAAUACGCUGGCUGCUCUCAAUGGACUGGAAACAAACAUUCCCUUGAAUGACUACAAGUUACUUGCAUGCGAUAUACAACAGCUGCUGGUAGCAGUUGCAAUUCAUGCCUGCAGCUCCUCAGGUUCUCAAUAUUUUCGUGUUAUUGAAGACCUCAUUGUGCUGCUGGGUCAUCUUCAAAAUAGUAAAAAUGCAAGGAUGCAAAAUAUGGCAGUCGUUCUGCAGUUGAGAGUUCUUCAAGCAGCUAUUGAAUUAAUAAAAACUACAGCAAACCAAGAUGUUCAGGACCAGGCUGGUUCAGUCCCGUCACCAUCUGCAGCACAUCGUGCAAUGUUUCAAAAGCGUAAAGGCAUUGCUGGCUCCAGAAAGUUUUCACUUGCUCAGUCUGAUGCUCUGCUGAUGAAAAUGCGCUCACUAGCAAGUGAGGAAUUCAACAUGAUGAUGCAGCGGAGAAUGAGCCAAGAAAAUCCUAUCCAAGCCACUGAGACUGAGUUUGUACAAAGGUUACAGAGGCUGACUGUUCUAGCUGUUAACAGGCUGAUUUAUUUAGCAUCUACUGAAGAGUGCCUUGAUGUACUUGGUAUAACAGAAAACACAAGUCAAAGCAGACUUUCAGCUUCCCAGCUGGAAGCCCCUGAAGAGGAAAGCCAGCAACAACUGCCUAGCAGAACAAAUCCUUUUCUUAAAGAAAUGUUCAAAAUGUUGGUGGAAGGAAUCAAAGUAUCCCUUAGCACUAGCAGAAUGAGCACACCAAAGCAGCAGUGGAAGAGAAUCCUCUUGUCAUGUAGGGACACAUUCCGUACGCAACUUGGGAGACUUCUUGUGCACAACUUGUCUCCAGCAAGGCCACUGCAAGAGAGAAAGCAGGCUUUGGAGAUGGUACCUGAAGUAAAUCAUCAAGAGAUUAUGCGUGACUGUCUUAGCCCAACUUUGCAACAUGGACCUAAACUAGUGCUCUAUUUAUACGAGUUGAUGCACAAUCACAGUGAUGAAAUGACCAAAGAAGAACAAAGAGCAGCAGGAGACUUUCUAAAUACAUUAAAAUGUUGUGGCUAUAAAUGCAUUCCCCUGAGUCCACGACCAAAGCCAGAUCUAAUAAAAGCUUUGAAAGAGGAUCAGAAGAAAUAUGAGAUGGAAGAGGGUGUAAACAAAGCUGCUUGGGAGAAGACGAUGGCUAAUAAUCGACAAAAUCUCUUUCAGCGUCUGGAUACAAAAUCUAAAGACAUUUCUAAAAUAGCUGGAGACAUCACACAAGCUGUGUCUCUGUCACAAGGAAUGGAAAGGAAGAAAGUAAUCCAGCACAUCAGGGGGAUGUAUAAGGCAGAGCUGAGUGCCAGCAGACAUUGGCAGGAACUCGUUCAGCAGCUUACCCAUGAUCGAGCACUGUGGUAUGACCCAGUCUAUUACCCAACUUCUUGGCAACUGGAUCCAACAGAGGGCCCAAACAGAGAGAGGCGCCGCUUGCAGAGAUGCUACCUAACUAUUCCAAACAAGUACCUUCUCCCAGACAGGCAGAAACAGGAAGGUGUGAUAAAAACUCCAUUAUCUUAUCUGUUUGAAGACAAAACAUAUUCUUCUCACUCUUCUACUGUAAAGGACAAAGCUGCAAGUGAACAUAUAAGAGUUAAUCGAAGAUGUAUAAGUGUAGCACCUUCUAGAGAGACUGCUGGUGAACUGUUGCUAGGAAAAUGUGGCAUGUAUUUUGUUGAAGACAAUGCUUCAGACACAACUGAAGGUUUGAGUUUUCAUGGAGAAACUGAACCAGCAUCAUUUUCUUGGACCUAUGAGGAAAUUAAGGAAGUUCAUAAGCGCUGGUGGCAGUUAAGAGAUAAUGCUGUGGAAAUAUUUCUGACAAAUGGCAGAACUUUACUCUUGGCUUUUGAUAAUACAAAGGUCCGUGAUGAUGUGUACCACAACAUCUUAACUAACAAUUUGCCUAACCUUUUGGAAUAUGGAAACAUUACUGCUUUGACCCACCUGUGGUGCACAGGACAGAUUACUAACUUUGAAUAUCUGACUCAUUUAAACAAACAUGCGGGCCGUUCCUUCAAUGAUCUCAUGCAAUAUCCAGUAUUUCCUUUUAUACUUUCCGACUACACCAAUGAAACGCUGGACCUAAAUGAUCCAUCAGUAUAUAGAAAUCUGGUCAAACCGAUAGCUGUCCAGUCUAAAGAAAAAGAGGAUCGAUAUGUGGAUACUUACAAGUAUUUGGAAGAAGAGUACCGUAAAGGAGCACGAGAGGAUGAUCCAAUGCCCCCUGUACAACCAUAUCACUAUGGAUCUCAUUAUUCCAACAGUGGAACUGUGCUUCAUUUCCUAGUUAGGCUGCCACCUUUUACUAAAAUGUUUUUAGCCUAUCAAGAUCAAAGUUUUGACAUCCCAGACAGAACUUUUCACUCUACCAAUACAACCUGGCGCCUUUCUUCAUAUGAAUCAAUGACUGAUGUAAAGGAGCUUAUCCCAGAAUUCUUCUACCUUCCCGACUUUCUAGUUAACAGAGAAGGUUUCGAUUUUGGAGUACGUCAGAAUGGUGACAGAGUUAACCAUGUCAAUCUUCCACCCUGGGCUCGUAACGAUCCUCGUCUGUUCAUCCUGAUUCAUCGUCAGGCUUUGGAGUCUGACCAUGUUUCCCAAACAAUCUGUCACUGGAUUGACUUGGUGUUUGGUUAUAAGCAAAAAGGCAAGGCCUCUGUUCAGGCUAUUAAUGUCUUUCAUCCUGCAACCUAUUUUGGGAUGGAUGUUUCUGCUGUUGAGGAUCCUGUUCAGAGAAGAGCCCUUGAAACAAUGAUAAAAACAUAUGGGCAGACACCUCGCCAGCUGUUCCAUGCAGCACAUGUUAGCAGAGCUGGAUCCAGGCUUAUCAUGGAGGGAGAACUUCCUGCUGCCAUGGGAUUACUAGUGCAGUUUGCUUUCAGAGAAACCAGAGAACACACUAAAGAAAUAAUGUAUCCGAGUCCAUUGCCAUGGAUAAAAGGCUUGAAGUGGGGAGAAUACGUUGGUUCCCCAAGUGCUCCAGAUCCUGUUGUCUGCUUUAGCCAACCACAUGGAGAAAGAUUUGGCUCUCUCCAGGCUUUACCAACUAAAGCUAUCUGCGGUUUGUCCCGCAAGUUUUGCCUUUUGAUGAUAUACAGCAAGGAGCAAGGUGUGAGAAGCAUGCACAGUACUGAUAUUCAGUGGUCGGCCAUCCUGAGCUGGGGAUACGCCGAUAACAUUUUGCGACUGAAAAGCAAGCAAAGUGAACCUCCUAUAAACUUUAUACAGAGUUCACAGUUCCACCAGGUAACAAGUUGUGCUUGGGUGCCAGACAGUUGUCAGCUGUUCACAGGUAGUAAAUCUGGUGUCAUCACAGCAUAUAUGAACAGAUUCACUAGCAGUACGCCUUCAGAGAUAGAAAUGGAGUCACAAGUCCAUCUGUAUGGUCACACAGCAGAAAUAACAAGCUUGUUUGUGUGCAAACCAUACAGCAUAAUGAUAAGUGUCAGCAAAGAUGGAACCUGCAUCAUAUGGGAUUUGAACAGGCUGUGCUACGUCCAGAGUCUGGCUGGACACAAGAGUCCUGUGACUGCAGUUUCAGCGAGCGAAACAACUGGUGAUAUUGCAACAGUUUGUGAUUCAGUUGGAGGGGGCAGUGAUUUGAGACUUUGGACAGUUAAUGGUGAUCUCGUGGGACACGUACACUGCAGGGAAAGUAUUUGCUCUGUUGCUUUCUCUAACCAGCCCGAAGGAGUGUCUGUCAACGUGAUUGCAGGGGGGCUUGAAAAUGGAGUUGUAAGACUAUGGAGUACGUGGGACUUGAAGCCAGUACGAGAAAUAACAUUUUCGAAGUCAGCCAAACCUAUUGUAAGCCUUACAUUUUCCUGUGAUGGUCAUCACUUGUUCACAGCUAACAGUGAUGGAAAUGUUAUAGCUUGGUGUCGCAAGGACCAGCAGCGCUUGAAGUUACCCAUGUUCUACUCAUUCCUUAGCAGCUAUGCGGCUGGGUGAUGACUGUUUUUGCUGCUAACUCAUGUCUCUGAUGCACUUUAAAUCCAAAAUAGAUUCUAGAAACUCUUAUUUAACUGGAUUUUGAAGUAGUUUGAAUGUCUCUAGAAUGACUGAAUAGAUUUUUUUUUAAAAAGAGCAGUCUAAGGUGUCUGUAAAAUUGCGUUAUAUGCAUGUACAAACUUGAAGCAUAUCCAGGUCACCAGGAAGCUCUGGUCAUGUACUCCAAUACCAGCAAAGUGACUCAUAAAUGCUCUAACAUACAAGUAAAAAUGCUGCAAUAUAAAAGUUUGUUGUUUUUUGUUUUUGUUUUUUUUUUUAAAUCACUUCUUGGACAGAAGUAUUUAAAAAA